CUAAAACUGUCUUCGAAUUGGGAGAAUAUUUUUUAUUGCAAAUGUUAAUUUUUAAAACAGAAAUGUAAAACACAAAAUCUAAUCGUGUGCCAACUUCAAAAUGUGUAUUCAAGAUCUCUUGAUAUUUUGUUGUCUUUUCGUUGUUGGAUCAUCGACGCACAUAACAGGAGAGUUUUCUACUGCAGAAUUCUUCAAGUUUUUAGUAAAAUUUGGUUUCCAAAAGACCGACAUACAUUUUCAGAAAGAAACAUAUGGUUAUAUUUUUGGAAACAUUACAGCAAACGAUCACUUUAAACAUCCCAUAACAUUUGCAGUUCUUGAUAGAAGACAUUUUUUACAUUAUUAUAAGAAUAGAGAUAUUAUUGAUAAAGAAAUGGCAUGUCAAUCAAUGUUCCAAAACUUAAAUGGAACUGCCUACCAUCCAAAAUGUAAUGCUUACGGUCAAGACCUAUUUCGACGUGUACCUUGUAUAAAGUCUGAACUAUGUAUUGACGAGGACACUCCAUGGAAUGUAAUUAAGAAAAAUCAAUUUACCUACGUGAUACAGAACACAGGGCAACCACGAUUUUGGUAUGUUUCUAUGGUUGCCUGCUACUUAAAUGAAGAAACUUGUUCAUGGCAUCACUAUCCAGGAGCACCAAAAGACAACAAAACAUUAAAAGCUAUGCCACAAGCAUUACAGUAUGACUUCUGGUUAGUGAAUGGAAGUCCAAACCUCUCAUUCUACAAUACAUUGUUGUAUCAAUUUUCAUUCGAUCGACAAAAUACAUUGGAAUUAUAUCUUAUGUUUUGGCUAUGUUAUAUUAUAUUGCUGCCCGUCCAGUUGUAUGCAGUUAGAACACAAAAGCACCCGGUAACAAAACUGUUCACAUUUAGUUUGGUCUUAGAGUUCAUAGCUCUUUGUUUCAAUGUUUUGCAUACUGUCAAAUUCGCUGUUGAUGGAGUAGGGUUUGCUGGUCUGUCAGUUGCAGGAGAUAUUCUUGAUAUUUUGAGUAGAACUUUGUUUAUGUUACUACUCCUACUGUUGGCGAAAGGUUGGGCAGUGACGCGGUUGGAACUUACAUACAAGCCCCUUGUUUUUGGAGUAUGGAUUAUAUAUGGUGUGGUCCAUAUUUUAUUGUACGUAUGGAAUACUAUUGAGGUCGACAUAAUUGAAGACAUCGAUGAAUACCAAACAUGGCCGGGAUGGUUGAUUUUGGCUCUAAGGGUAGCCAUCAUGAUAUGGUUCGUCCUGGAAUUACGUAACACGAUGAUGUACGAACAUAAUAUGCCGAAAUUGAACUUCUUUUUGCACUUUGGAGCUUCGAGCCUCGUAUGGUUCGUGUAUUUACCAAUAAUAGCAUUAAUUGCUCUGCAAGUCAACCCGUUGUGGAGAUUUAAAUUUAUUUUGGGUAUUACUUAUUCGGCGGACUGUUUAGCUUUUUGUGUGAUGGCGCAUUUGUUAUGGCCAACACGCUCAGAACAAUACUUACUUCUUGCGCCUCCUAACUAUACUGCUGGUAUAGAAGAACUGGACGAAUUUAACGAAUCCCCACACGUGGUUCACAGCGACACUGUCGCACUCACAACCGCCGAGAGUAUAAACGCUGACGAUGAAGAGGUCAUAUUCUCAAGGACGACACAUAAAAAUGGGAAUGCGUUCUCAUAGCAACCGGAGCACGCCCACGGGAAUCCUAACGGAGAAGCCCCGUUGGUAUCGCCACGAGUCAAUACACGCGGUUAGAGCAAAAGCCCAAUCUCUUAUGAUGAAACAAAAAGACGAGGAUGUCACUUGUGGUCCGUUGUCGAAGUAAAAAUGAAUAGUACAUUUUUGAUAAUCGUUUUACAUAAAAACCAUUGGGAUACACAUGUUUUUGAGUAAGUGUAUUUUCAUCCAGCUUAACCGUUGGUACUAUUGAUCAAAUAUCAAUUAUAAUAUUUAGAAGCUUUAUACGUUGAAUUUUUAUUUUUAAUAUUUGAAACUGCAAAUAUCUAAGUUUGUAAUUUUCUAUAGAAAAAUAAAGUGUCAUGAAAAAAAUGUCAAUUGAAAACCGAGCUAAAUAAAUGAUAACUGUAAGGAACCGAUAUAACAUUUAGACGAAGUACAAAAAAUGGGUGAUAAAGUGUUCGUCGCUUUUACAUUUUGGCAUUAUAAAUAUUUGUAACCCAAGGAAUAUUGUAAGUAUUUAUUGUGAAGAGUUUAUUUGUGAAUGUACUGAUUUUAAACACAAGUGGUAACAAAGGGUCUUAAAGUUUACGUAUAAUACAUUAUACAAUUUAUACAAUGAAUUUUGUAUUCUAGAAAAGCAAUUACAUUACAUAAUGUAUCUUAACAGUUCCUAGUCUUGCCAUUAUUGAAAUACAUAUAAGAAUAAGUGAGUGUGAAUUUUACAUUCCAUUGUCUCCACUAUCAAACAAUGCUUAUAAAAACCUAAUGUCUAAUGAUUUCAAAUGGUAAUUGAAAAAUUCGAGUAUUUUUUUAUUUUCAUUCUAAGGUUAAUUUAUGUACACGUUUUCUUUACCGUUGUCUCAUAAGCCUUAGAGCUUUAAUAAUGUAUGGGAUUAAAAGACCAAUAGAGAAUUAAAAUUUUGGUGUGGUUCAUGAAUUACUUUAAUCAUUUGGAAAUGAACAACAUGACUUAGUCUUUUGCGGCAUAAUUUGUGAUAUUAAAAAUGAAAUAUUUGUUUUCUUUAAAUAUCGAUUAAUAAUCUGUGCCAAGGAAACGGAAGCAAAUAGCCAUUCCAAUGGGAAAAAAAAUGAGAAUUUAUGUAAUAAAAUUUUUCUAUCCCUGUGCAUAUUCCAUUGAAAAUACUAUUUUUUUGUCAAAAUUUAAUGUAAAAGUACAAUUAGAUCUCAACACGUAAGUAAACGAUGUACCUAAUAAUAUUCGAAAAAAUGUACAUGUUAUGCAAUUUAAAUUUUAAUAAAUUAUACAAUUAUGAUCUUUAUUAAAAUAUUUAAAACCGCUAGAUUAGAUAUAUUUGUUCGCUAUAAUUAGUUUAAUUAUGUAUUGAAGUAAUAAAUUGUUGUGUAUAUAGUUUAAUUAUGUAAAUACAAUCUGUGUACUUUAUGUAGAGUUGUACGAUGUACCUAAUAACUGCUCUGAUGGUUCAGACAAACAAAAAUUCUGUCUUGGGCAAGGAAAGGUGACAAGUUUUCGAACUAUUCAAAUGUAGAUGUACUAUGUAUGUAGAACAACCACAAUACUGUUUAUUGUAUAACAGGUCCUCACUAUGUUUUUUAGCUUUAAUGAGUUUCUGAUAUUGCAAGGACCAUCAUCACUGGCAGCUUGAAGAUUGCGAGUAGGACGUUAAGGGCACAGAUCUAUCUACCUACUUUCUACUUCGUUAUUAAAUCUAAUACUAGAUUCGACAAAAAUAAACGCAUUCGCCGUGUCGUACCUAAGUUUACGUAUAUCAUUGGGACUAGUUAUCGAGUUAAAGUGGUAACUACACAAAAUAGACUAAGUGUGAAAAAUUAGAUUUUUUAUUGCCCAGAUAUGUGGACGAGUUUACUGCCCACCUGGUGCUAAGUGGUUACUAGAGACCAUAAACAUUUUAAAAAUUAGUUGCUCCUUUUCUCUAUAUUGGCCUUAACACAUUCCUUUAAAAGUUGCAGUCACUUAAUUAUUGCAUAAAAUACUUUGUCCAGUCUCGGAUUCGCUAUUGCGACUCUUAUGUAAUGUUUAGAGGCACCAGUUUGGUUUUUGUUAUGCUCUUAAUUUUUUUUUGAUACAAGUUGAUUAAAAUAGGGUCUAGUUUUGUGUUUAUCAAGGUUAUUUUGAACUCGACGUUGCUAAGAGGCUUAAUCAAAAUCUCAAGAAUCGCUCCGAUUCAACAUACUUAAUUAUAUAAUAUUUCAUUAUUAUAGUUAUGAACUGUAGAUAGUAUUUCAAGUUGUAGACUGUAGAUGUUAGAUUGUCUAGACUGAGAAAUGUGUACCGUUGAGUAUGUCCGAAACGAUCGUUAUAAAUAAAUAAAUAUAAAGAUGUCGUCUGAGAUACGACUGUCGUUGGAAAACCUCCACUUUGAUCUACUGUCAUUAUUCUUUGGUAUGAUUGCGGUUAAAUCGCUCUCAUGCAAAUCCAAAUAUGGUACGACGCAUAACAACACACAUACAAGUUUUUGACUAACCAUAACUGUAGGGUUGGCACCGGUGUUUAAAAACUAAACAACAAAUUAAAAUUAUCUUCUAGCAAAAUAUAUAGAAUUAUAUGUAUAUAGAAUUUAUUUUAUAAUGUUGUCGAAUAACACCUUAAUUUUUGGUGAACGCGAAAACUGGCAAGUAAUCGAAAGUAUGGAAAUAAUAAAGUGAAAACGAUAAAAGCGAGAUUAAACCCUAAAAAUAGUUUUAAUUCUGUCUCUGGCGACUCGCGAAGAUCUUUAUUAGACUUAUUUUGUUGCCAUCUAAAUGAACUAAAAUAGCAUGCGCUAUGUUACAGAAUGUAAGACAACACAACAGACCACGGUCGGUGUUGACAAAGAGUGAAUAAGUUUUUAUCAAAAUCCCAUGUAUAUAUAAUAUCUAUGUAUGUAUGUUUAGGCGGAAAAUUAUUUUGAGAAAGUCUUUAGAAUUAUAAUUAAAUACAUUAAAUAUUUUUUCGUUUCGCUUGAAUUGUAGACUAAACCUUUGUUUUCGAAUAUAUGUAGUUUAAAUUCACCUGACAUUGUGUUCUGUAAAAGUGAAACGUGUUUUGUAUGUUAUAGGUAUGGUAACUAUUUAAAUAUAUAUACAGUUUAGUGUAAUACACGAUAAUUUUAGUGAUUUAAUUAAGUACCAAUCUACAUUUUUAUGUAUUCUAAGAACAGCAUUUGAUGUAUUCUUAGUUAUAUCGAAUAUAAAGCACAGUAUUUUAAAUAAUUAUUUUACAACCAGCGCUGACAAGAGCUGAAAUUAUGUAAUAAUGUUGUUCCGGUAAUCGAUAUACAUGUAAAAAAUAGUCUGGUUGGUUGACCCGAAAUUAAAUUAAUUUUAUGAAUGAAAUGAACGAUGAAUGGGAAAAAUAGGUUUAUGUAUA